AUGGAGGGUGUCCAAGAAAUGAUGGAAAGACUAAGAUCGAUAGUGGGUCCUGAGAGUUGGGAUUAUUGUGUGCUUUGGAAACCAAGUAAAGAUCAAAGGUGGAUAGAAUGGGUGGAUUGCUGUUGUUCUGGGAGCUGUGGUGGUGGAGAGGAUGAUGAGGGUGGUGGUGAAAUGGUGUUUGAAUGCAAAGAUGUGCUGUUUCAACACCCAACCAGCCAUGCUUGCCACCUGCUUUCCCUCUUACCUUCUUCCAUGCCUUUUGAUUCUACUGGAACAUAUGGACAAACCAUGAUAUCUAAUCAGCCAAGAUGGCUAAACUUUUCCACUUCUGACUUCUCUGAUGAUCAGGAAAAUCUUGGGACUAAAGCUUUGGUUCCUGUUCCAAUUGGACUUGUAGAACUCUUCGUAUCUAAACAAAUAUCUGAAGACGAAAGCAUAAUCAAUUUCGUGACGGCUGUGUUUAACAUGCCGCCGAUGGACCAUCAUCCAAUGUUGAAUGCCAACAAUAAUAAUAUUAACAUGGAGUCGAGCUUUUCGGUAAACAUGGAUGGUUUAGACGAUGGAGAAUCCAAGGAUUACUUGGUACUCGAAAAAGAUCCUCAUUUCCAACCACCCAUUUCUCCGGCUACCAUGUUAGAAAACCUCAAUCUCACAACCCCCCAUAAUAUUAAUAAUAACGCCAACACCAUCUCAUCUGAUCUUCAUCCUAUGAACUUCUUACAACACUUUAAUUACAGUACUGACCAUCACCAUGACAGAAACACCGACAAUACCAACAUCAUGUUCAUCAACCAUGAUGAUCCUUUUGAUCCUAAUUCACAAGACAUUAAUGUCGGAUUUGACCAUGAGAUCGAUAUGGCAUUGCAAGGCCAAAUUAUGAACCAAAAGCAGCAGCCACAUCUCAUGGAUCCCCCUUUAGAGAAUAAUAAUAAUAUUGCCCCAAAGAAGCAAGGGAACAUUAAUAAUAAUAAUGACAUCAACCGUUCAGACUCCGUUUCUGAUUGUAGCGAUCAGAAUGACGAAGAAGACGAUCCUAAAUGUCGAAGGAGAAACGGCAAGCCACAAUCCAAGAACCUCGUGGCAGAGCGUAAGAGACGAAAGAAGCUCAAUGAUCGCCUUUAUACUCUUCGUUCUUUAGUACCAAAAAUCACCAAGUUGGAUAGAGCCUCGAUUCUAAAGGACGCAAUCGAGUAUGUGAUGGAGUUGAAAAGGCAAGUGGAAGAGCUUCAAAACGAGUUGGAAGAGAACUCGGACGAUGAAGGUACUACCAAUAACCAAAGCACCAUCGUUGAACAAGAGGUGAUGCAUGCCAAUGGGAGUAACCGAAAGCGUAGAUAUAGCAAUGGCCAUGGGAUGUUGGUCAAUGGGCCUCCAUUGGAAGCUUAUUCAGGCAUCGGUACCAUUGAAGUCUCGAAACAUAAUCAAGAUAGCGAAGAUGCUAAUGAAAAAGGCCAACAAAUGGAGCCACAAGUGGAAGUGGUGUCGUUAGAUGGAAACGAAUUCUUCGUGAAGGUAUUCUGCGAGCACAAAAUGGGAGGAUUCGUGAGGUUGAUGGAGGCCUUCAACUCUCUAGGACUGGAAUUGACAAAUGUCAAUGUUACAAGCUUCAGAUGUUUGGUUUUGAAUGUCUUCAAAGUUGAGAGGAAGGAUAGCGAAAUGGUGCAAGCUGACCAUGUUAGGGAGUCACUGCUGGAGAUAACAAGAAACCCAUCAAAGGGGUGGCCUGAAACAUCCACAAAAGCACCAGAAAAUGGGCAUGGGAUCAUGGAUCACCACCACCACCACCAUCACAAUCACCACCAUAACCACCAUCCUCACCUCCAUAACCACCAACCAAAGCCUCAGUACCACUACAAUGCAAUUUAUCAAGUCCUUAACUAAGCUCUCUUUAAGUGUUGAUAACAUUGAAACAAGAUUGAGGCCCUUUCAACUUCAUUCAUCUUAAUUAGCAUCAAUGUUUUAGCUUCAUAUGGUCUGCUGUAGCCUGUAAGAAUAACU